AAACAGGAAUGGGGUGUGAAUAGUGCAAAGAUAUCCAAAAGUACCAGAACAAAGGAUGAGCACGAAAAAAAAAAUCCAAUAACGCUACAAACAAAUAUUAAGAACAAAGUUCACGAUACUAGUGAAGCACUCAGUGCCGCGCAGUAUUAUUCUGUCAAAAAGAACAGUCCUGCAACAGGAAUUCCCUGUGAGGUUGUUCCCUUCAGUCGUGGAGACACCUCCCAGAACAUACUGAGGAACAUACUCUGCUCAGAACAUCUAGUGGAACAUAAAAUCCAAAGAACACACACUUCACGGUGGCACGUGGCGUUGGUGUGUAAUACAAUUAUAUUAAACUCUGCCUCAGAAAUCGGAAAUCCUGUGGCGUUAGGAAGAACACAACACCAACUCUCGGAUUGCGUCUGGUUGCUAUGGGAAAAUAGACUGAUAGGAGGACAGCGGCUAACGGGUCCCGAUGAAAGGUAUCUGGAUGCGAAACAUUAAGUGUGGUUGUAUUUAACAUAAAACAUGGAGAGGGAAAAUUCGAACUUGGUCAUUUUCAGUGCGUCAAAACGGGAACUUUUUACCUCCAACAAUGGUUACAAGUCGAUGCAGAAGAAACUACGCGCUCAAUGGAAAGUCUUAAGCAUGAAAGAGGAGCUCUCUGUAGAGAAGCUGAAAAGUGUCAAGUUGUGGAUCACUGCAGGACCGAGGGAGAAGUUUACAGCAUCAGAGCUUGAGGUCCUGAAGCACUACCUGGAUGGAGGAGGAAACAUACUGGUCAUGCUGGGUGAAGGAGGGGAAAACAAGUAUGACACCAACAUCAACUUUCUCCUGGAGGAGUUUGGGAUAAUGGUUAACAAUGAUGCUGUUGUGAGGAAUGUCUACUACAAAUACUUUCAUCCGAAAGAGGCCCUGGUGUCAAAUGGUGUACUCAACAGAGAAAUCAGCCGUGCUGCAGGCAAAGUGGUUACAGGGAUCAUUGAGGAUGAAAACAUUGGAAACAACGCACAAGCUUUGACAUUUGUGUAUCCCUAUGGUGCCACACUGGGUGUUAUGAAACCUGCAGUGGCCGUGCUGUCCACCGGCUCCGUCUGUUUCCCCCUCAACAGGCCGGUCUUGGCCUUCUAUCAGGGAAAGGAGUCUGGUAAACUUGCAGUGCUGGGUUCCUGCCACAUGUUUAGUGACCAAUACAUAGACAAAGAGGAGAACAGUAAAAUCAUGGAUGUGGUGCUGCAGUGGCUUAUGUCAGAAACCAUUCAACUGAACCAGAUCGAUGCAGAAGACCCAGAAAUCACAGAUUACACCAUGUUACCAGACACGGGGUGUUUGUCGGAGCAGCUGAGAGUGUGUUUGCAGGAGGGCGAUGAAAACCCCAGAGAUUUCACCUCUCUUUUUGACAUGUCCUUGUUCAAUUUCUCAACUGACACUUUACCCCAUGUCAUCAGUGCUUACAAACAGCUGAAUGUCAAAGAUGAGCCACUACAGCUGAUCACUCCACAGCUGGAGACCCCGCUGCCUCAGCUCCAGCCUGCUGUUUUUCCACCAGCUUUAAGUGAUUUACCGCCACCCAUGCUGGAUCUGUUUGAUCUGGAUGAAGCCUUCUCCUCAGAGGAAGUGCGUCUGGCACAACUCACUAAUAAAUGUACGGACGAUGAUCUUGAAUUUUAUGUGCGAAAAUGUGGCGAAAUCUUUGGUGUGACUCCAAAGCUAGACAAAGAUCAGCGAGAUGCCAAACACAUUCUGGAACACAUUUUCUUUCAGGUUGUGGAGUUCAAGAAACUCAAUCAGGAGCAUAACAUUGACGUUGAAGCACAAGCUUUUCCUGCUGUGUAAAAGAUCUCACUUACAUGAAGUAUAUUUUAGUGAAAGGACUCUUUGUAUUUAAUUAUGAACAUUUAUUUGUAAAAACUGAACAAACUUUAUUUAUAUCAUUAUUGUAGACAGACAGCAGAAGUUUCUACUUACAAAUCUGUUAUUCAGGGGGAAAAAAAAGGUCCUCCAGUUGUGGAUAUUAUACAGAGUUAUAUUUUAUAUUGAAGAAAAGCUUCUAAAAUCGAUAUCAUGCAGACUUGGU